AUGAACGGGUUGCGCGAGACGGUCCCCCCAGGACCGUACUUCCCCUUCCACCGAGACGAGACCUAUCCCAGGACUCUCUGCGUGAACUUCAAGAGGCUAGAGUAUCGUACCCUCCAGAAGUACUGCAAGCUUCACGGCAUCAACGUCCGCCCGGACUGCUCACAGGCCGAGCUGGCCGUCGCUGCGGCCAGACAUUUUCAGGAGGCACCUUCGGUGGACGAAGAGGGUGUUAUGGUGUCCUUCCUACAGAAGGUCAUCGUUCCCGACCGGCCUUUCGAGCCCACCAUCGACCUCGCCCUCUCCCGCAUGGGAAGCCUUAGCGUCGACACGGCGGACCUCGGAGGUGGCGGGGGCAGCGGCGGCGGAGGGCGGAACGCGAUGCCCAACGCCGUGAUGCACGACCACAUGGACGACGGCAUGAACGAUGACAUGGUGGACAGCAUGGGAGGGGAGAUGGGGGGCGGCGGCGGGGGCCGGGGAGGUGGGCCCGGCGGCAACGCCGGUGGUGGCCAUCAUGGCGGCGGCUACGGCCGUCAUGGUGGCGGACACUCUUCUGCCAUGGGCGGGGGGAUGGGGUACGACGAGAAGCCGCGGGCGGAGGGGUACUCGUCCAGGGGGAUGGGGGGGGGGGGCAAAAACGGCGGCGGCGGCGGGAGGGGGGGAGGGGGGUACGAACACGAGUUAAAUUACGGGAUGAAAAUGGGCAGAACUCAGCAGCACCAGAUGUCCUCCAUGGGGGCCCCGUGGGAGAUGGAGCAGGACGGGCAUGGGCACGGGGGGGGAGGGGGAGGGGACAUGAUGCCGAAGAUGGCAAAGAGGCCGGCGGGAGCAGGCGGCGGGAGCAGGGGAAGGAACGGCCGGGGGGGCUCUUCGGGCUCCGCCCCCGCCCACGGAAGCCUCCCCCUCAUGACAGACCGCGGGAUGGCUAUGUCGGGCGGAGGUGGCGGCGGCGGCGGCGGGGACGAUACGAAGGGCCGGAGGCAGAAGACGGACAGAGGUGGCGGUGGCGGCGGAGGAGGAGGAGGAGGAGGAGGCGGUGGGGGCACCGGGGACGCAGGGGUGAAAGCCCCUCCCGGAAAGAGGAGGAAAGGCGGCGUGGGCUGGAGAGCCAAAAACGGAGAGCAGGUGGCGGUGCGGGACGAUAGGGAGGAGCCAGGAGCGUGGAUCCUUGCGCGGGUGAUUAAGUACGUGCCGGAAACGCACCAGUACGAGUUGAAAGACGAUGACGACAAGGAGGGCAUCGGCAUCCUCACCGCCCCGCGGUCCCUGGUGAUCCGACUCGAGGACAGCACCAAGGGAGUGCAGAAGGGCGAGAGGGUGUUGGCGGUGUUCCCCGACACGACUAGCUUCUACCUCGGCACUAUCCACAGGGUCCCGAAGCCUGCCCCCGGCGCGGAGAGGCGCAUCGAGGUCAAGUUCAACGACGAUGCUGACGACACCGGGCGCACGCCCGGACGGCCUCUGCCAGCUCGAUACGUGGUGCCUCUCCCAGAGGGCUUCGAAGAGGACGACAGCAAGCCUGCCCAAGACGAUGAGCCGCCACAAACGGUGGGCGGCGGCGGCGGCGACGGUGGGCGUGGCGGCGUGGAUGGCGCCGUAGAGGAUGAUGUCGACGAUCCAAUGGGGGGCGACGAAGACGAAGACGAAGACGACGAUAACGAGCCGCCGUACGCCGAAAUGAUCCGCACCGCCCUCAUGAAGCUCCCCGGUCGUCAAGGCAACCUGGCAACAGUGUGCGCCUACAUCGAGGAACACUUCCACGAGCGGUUGAACUGGAGGAGCGAGUCGAGCCUCCGUCGUACUCCCGCAUGGAAGGCGUCCGUCCGCCGCACGCUAGCGCACCACCCCAUGUUCUGCCACGCGGGGACACCAGAGCGGAACGUGUACACGCUCGUACAAGUAGAGUGAAUGGGCUAUACAUGUUACCGUAGGCCGCACAAGAUAAGCGCACCACAUGGAAAGAAUUUGAAGCUCGAUCAACUGCACGAAAGGAGAGGAUGUACACGAGGAGUGAUUUACGUUCUCGGAAAGCUCUCGACGAGAAGGUUUCCAAUGCCAACGGCACCGUAACUGUUUUUGCGGCAGAGAAAUCGAUCGGGCUUUUGUGUCGUGUCUCCCUUUCGUGGCUUACGGUAUGGAGGGAGGGAAGGCGGGUUCAUCUUUUAUUAGUCUGUUAUUCGCAAUCUCGUCACGGGAUCGCGGCGUGGUUUGUUUUGAUUGGUUGUUCAAUAUUUAGUGGCUAAGGGGCUAUC